UCGAUAAGCUUCUAGUAGAGUUUAGGAGCAGCAUCAAGCGCCGCCGCCAAAUUAUAUCCGGACGCGCCGCCGCCGCGAGACCUAGCCGAGCUCAGCCCGCCUCCUCUCCGUCGUCUCGUCGUCGCCGCGAGGAGCUCGGCACCGCCACAGCGAGCGCAUCCUCUCGAAGGUUAGCACCUGACAGCCAUGGCGAAACAUCAUCCCGAUCUCAUCAUGUGCCGGAAGCAGCCUGGCAUUGCUAUUGGUCGCUUGUGUGAGAAGUGCGAUGGCAAGUGCGUCGUUUGUGACUCAUACGUGCGCCCAUGUACGCUUGUCCGGGUCUGCGAUGAGUGCAACUAUGGCUCAUUCCAGGGAAGGUGUGUCAUCUGUGGUGGAGUUGGCAUCUCAGAUGCCUACUACUGCAAGGAGUGUACACAGCAGGAGAAGGACCGAGAUGGAUGUCCGAAGAUCGUCAAUCUAGGAAGCGCCAAGACUGAUCUCUUCUACGAGCGUAAGAAGUAUGGUUUUAAGAAGAGAUGAAUGCCAUGGAUUUGCGAGGUCCAUCUGUACCUGAGUUUAUGCUCUUACGCUAUUAUUACCAAGAGUAGCUGAGGUGAGGCAUUGUAUUUGUGUUAUGAUUCGAUACUAAUACAAGAAUACAUCCCUGAUACUCGUGUAAUAACUACUUCUGUUGUAUGGUUGAAAACUCUAGACUGCUUAGUCUGCACUUGAUAUUUAUGACCAUGAAUGUUGAAUUGAAACUUGAAGUGA